AUGAAUACUCCGGCCCCGAAAACAGUCGUUAUUAUCGGCGCCGCCAUCGCCGGUCCGACCCUCGCGCUCCACCUCCUUACACACCCCGUUCUCCGCACCCGCUUCCGUCCGAUCCUCUUCGACCAAUCUCCACCCCCAGCUCCGAUCCCGACCGCAUCCUCCAAGUCCAACGGCACGGGAACGGGACCGGGAUCGGAAUCCUCCCCCUCGACUACAUCCCAUCACCAACGUGCCGGCGCCUCCGUCGGCCUCUUCCCGAAUGGCUUGCAUCCCCUAUUCUCCCUUGGUCUUGGCGACGCGCUCAAGAAACACGGCCAUGAAUGCGAUGACUUGGCUCUUUGGUUCGGAGAGAUCACUGAGGGCUGCAAGUUGUCGCAUCUCAAGACCGCGAGGAACGGGUUUUGGUCUCACGACUUCCAGCUAGGCGCGAUGUACUUUGAGCGAGCUGGCUUACAAGCUCUCCUCAUCGAUCGCGUGCUCCAGCUAGGUGGUGAGGUGAAGUGGUCCAAGAAGGCGGUUCAGUUCGAAGCUGUACCUUCGUCUGGUGGUAAGCAGACUCGUGUGGAUUUCGCCGAUGGUACACAUAUCGAAGUCGACCUUCUCGUUGGCGCGGAUGGUGGCUACUCUCAGGUUCGUCGACACCUUCUCAACCUCAGAGAUCCAAAGACGGCAGAAAACAGAUGGCUUCCUGACUUCAUGGGCACCACUGGCAUCUACGGUAUCUCUUCAGCAGACAAGAUGCCGUCAACACAUACACCUGAGCGUCCCUUCACAGAGUCCCAGUGCAUCUUCCUCAAGGAGGGGUUCCUGGCUACUGGUCCAUGUCCGGGGAGGAUGUUUCGGUGGGAUCUCAUCCUGCCUGAGUCAACACCACCAGGCCCAAGCUCUGCAUCUCUGGAGUCUGAACCCGCUGUGGCGCCAACGCCAUCAUCUCCGUCAGCCACGAAACAGGAACAAGAGCCUUGGCUGGCAGCCAUAACGCCAGGCCAAUAUCCCACAUCCACAACGGCUGAGAUGCUCCGCCGCCACCUGCGCCUCAAACACCCCUUCACAGGCGACUUUGAGACGAUGCUCAACAGCUCGGACCGUAUCAUCCACACUCCUCUGCGGCAGCGUGUGUGGAAGGAGGACGAGAUCCAGUGGACUAGCGACAGCAACAUCGUUCUCAUCGGCGAUGCUGCGCGGUUGAUGCUUCCCACCAGUGGCCAGGGAACAGGGUUUGCCAUUGAGGACGCAACUGUGCUUGCAAGCAUGCUUCUCAAGCACUGCUCGGCAACAGAAGCAGAGGCCGGAGCAGAAGAUGGGUUCUCCUCUGCGCUGGAAGAGUAUGCUCGCCUCAGGAGACCAAGGUCUGAGAAGAUGGCGACGAUGGCGUCUUGGAUUGGAGUCGUAGGACUUGGUAACACGUGGUAUUACAAGCUCUUGAGGUAUGGAAGUGCUAAGUUGACUCCUGGUGUGGACUUGAAGUAA